AGGCGAUGGGCGGGCGGCUGCUCUUUUCAUCCACUGGCUACUGAUCGCGGAGAACACAGCGUCAGCUCCAGGCCGCCGUCGAGCUUUUAUGGCAAAAAGCGUUCGUCUUCUUUCUCCUUUGGGCUCCCCCGUUACUUUUUGAAAAUUCCGCCUAAAAAGAAAAGACGUUUUACCAAAUCUUUUGGGCCGUUAUUUCACGGCAGAAUUUCUGUUUGGGUGUAUAACAGCUAUCCAGAAGGUCUGGGAGUAACGCUUUACAGAGAACAGUUCGACUUCAACGCUGAGCCACCUUGGGACCCUAGCUGAUAGUGGUGGUUCUCCAUCUCCCAACUUGUCCAUUUUGUUGCAUAUUUUAAAACCCCGAUAUUGAAGGAUCUGUGGCAACCUUCAUUUGGUGCUUGGUUUGAGUGUUGGCCUUGUGGAGCACUGGAGAUGAAGGGAUUCGUUGGACUAGAAGAAAGCUACUCCUUUGACCUUCUGGAUGAAGGAACUACUCUUAGCAAUGUUAUUGACAACCAUAUUCAUGAGCAUACACUUUUGUCUGAAAGGAAUGCCUUCUUUGUUGCUGAUCUUGGCAGUGUUGUGAAGCAGAACAUUCGGUGGCAGAAUGUGAUGACACAAGUGAAACCAUUUUAUACUGUUAAGUGUAACACUAGUCGAGCUGUAAUUGAAGUCCUUGCAGCACUUGGAACUGGCUUUGCUUGUGGAAACAAGAAUGAAAUUGCUGUUGUGCAAAGCUUGGGUGUAGCUUCUGAAAACAUUAUCUAUACAAACCCAUGCAAGCAAGUUUCCCAAAUAAAGUAUGCUGCAAAAAAAGGAGUAAACAUCAUGAGUUGUGACAAUGACGUUGAACUUUUGAAGAUUGCACGCAAUCAUCCUAGUGCCAAGCUCUUGGUAGACAUUGCAACUACUGAUUCAAGCACAGAAAAUGAGAUGAGCAUGAAGUUUGGAGCUACUCUGAAGAAUUGCAGACAUCUCUUGGAAUCUGCUAAAAAGCUAGGGAUUCAGGUGGUUGGUGUCAGAUUUCAUGUUUCAACCUUGGCUGGCAGUAGAGAGGCAUAUUUACAUGGCUUGGCGGAUGCUCGGUGUGUCUUUGAUAUGGCUGAAGAGUUUGGUUUCAACAUGAACUUUCUGGACAUUGGAGGUGGAUUUUCUGGGACAGAUUGUGAAUUACAACUUGAAAAGGUUUUUGAUGCCAUCAGUCCACUCCUUGAUAUUUACUUUCCUCCUGAAAGUGGUAUUAAAAUCAUUGCUGAGCCUGGGAGCUACUAUGUGAAUUCUGCAUUUACUCUGGCAGUAAACAUUGUAGCCAAGAAGGUUGUUGCAAGAGACUCUCAAGAUCAGUCUGGAGUGGUAGAGUCCACCAUGAACGAUGAACCAUUCUUCAUCUAUUACAUAAGUGAUGGUGUUUAUGGGUCUUUUGCGAACAAUUUGUAUGGAACUAUGAGUGCCAUUCCAAUUCUUCACAAGAACCCAAACUCAGAGGGACCUGUAUUUGGCAGCAGCCUGUGGGGCCCCUCCUGUGAUGGACUUGAUCAAGUUGUAGAGCACUGUCUCCUGCCCGAACUGAAUGUUGGUGAUUGGGUCAUCUUUGAAAACAUGGGAGCAUACACCUUAGAGCAGUCUGCGUUCAGCGAGUUCCAGAGACCCCCAGUGUAUUGUGUGAUGUCGAUCAAUGAUUGGUUUUCAAUGCAGGAAGUUGGAUUAACCUUGGACACAUCUGUGAAGAAUUUCUCUCGUGUGCCUUCUUGCUUUCAGCUGAGACAGGAACAAAAUUUUUCUGCUGCUGGUUUGUCUGGCAUCAGUGCUUAAAUUAUUGCAGUUUGCAGUUCUGUUCAAUCGCAUGUCUGGUUGACGUUCCAAAGAGGAAUCGAACCAGUGGAACAAUCCUGUUUGUUUAACUUUUUGCUGUUAAAAUUUAACUCGAACACUUGAAAUUGAUGAUUGGGACCAGGCAAAAAUCAGCUGGAAUAAUUGCAAGUGGUCAUGUGGAAAAAAAUUAACAUUUUUAACCAUCUGAAAUGAAACCUGCAAGUUGAUGUUGUAACUUUUCUCUUUCUCUCUCCUCCCCCUUCCCCCACAUACCAACAAUAAAAUAUGCAACAAAAUGGAUGACUUGGAAGAGGUGGAAACCUAUCAAUAGGUUCCCUACUUAAACAGUUUACAUGUUCACAAUUUUUAUACAGAUAUUCUUGUUAUAGAUGUCUUGAGUUCUUUAUUUUGCCCAUGUAACAGAAUAACCAGAGUAAUUUGACUUAAAAUAUGUAAAAUGUUUAGGAUGUGUAAAAUUUGUGCUUUGUUCUGUAGUUUAAUAAAUGUAAAAUUGCAGCAAAGUUUGUAUGAUCUAAUGUUGUCCCUGUUUGACUUCCAAUAAAAUUGUGUAGCUUCUA